AUGGAUCCUGAGGGAUGAUUCUAGAGUGGCCGCAGAUGUUUACAUUUUAUAAGUGCCUACCACGUUUUUGUUAUAUUUUUCUUUAAAAAUUAAAAGGAAAAUGCACGCCAAGGCGUUCAGAUGUCAAUUUAUGGGGUGCGACGCGAGCUUUCACCGGAAGGAGCAUCUUCAUCGCCAUGAGACGCAGCAUUACAGACCCCAGCUUUUCCAAUGUUCAAGUUGUAAUCGAGCAUUUGGCCGAAGCGACACACUCCGGCGACAUAUGUACAAUGUGCAUGGAGCUGCGCCUCUCCCAAAACGCGCUUGUACUCAUUGUCGAGAGCAAAAGUCUCGAUGCCAAGGAGGGCUACCGUGUAGCAACUGCCUGCGCCGUGGUAUACGCUGUUCCCUGAACCGUCAGGCUGAAGUACUGCCAGGUGACUGUCUCAGUUGCCCGUCAGACACACUAUUAGCGGUUUCGCAUGAUUAUUCAACCCAGUCCAAGACAAGUCGAUCUGAAAAGGAAAGACACUAUCUUGAUCAGUAUUUCAAAUUAUUUCACCCUUACUGGCCAUUCAUUCACCAGGGUACGUUCCGCGAGAACAAUGAAACACCCUUGCUCAUCCAGUCUAUGAUUGUCAUUGGUAUGUGGAUGAGUAAGGAGCAAGAUACACAGUCAAAAGCAAUCGACAUCCACAGUAUCCUUAGCUCCGCUAUACAUCAGCAGAAAGCAUAUUUCACUGACAGAGGAAAUCUGCAGGAGGUAUGGGAUGCUUCCACCUCAGAGGACGCCUGCAGCACCUGUUCCUGGCCUAUCCCAACAUACCAGGCUAUCUUGCUCCAUAUAAUUUUCGCCGGGCUAUAUAAAGGCGGUGGGGCGCUUAAUCUAAACUUGAAACCGUCUCUUACUACUGAUGUUGCUGAUCUCCUUGACCGGCUUGUUACAAGUUGCAAAAGACUGGGCAUGCUAUACUAUCCAAACAUGCUUAAUCGGUAUUGCCAGGAUGAUCUUCCGUCAUAUGUCUGGAUAGGCAUCGAGGAAGUUAAACGAUUCAACAUGGCUCUAUUUAAAGUUUGCAGGGCAUUCAGCAGCGUAAGCGAACAGGAGGGCAGUAUAAACAGCUUGGAUAUAGCAGGGGCAAGCAGGAGGCUUCGUGCACGCGAUUUACAGUUUCCAUUGCCAAGGAAUACCCCAUUGUGGAACGCUGUAAGUAAAGAAGAAUGGGUGUCUGCAGCUACAGAGGAAGUGUACUGCAAUACCUUGAAUAACACUUUGGAGGUGGAGUGGAUCUCAAACUCAGCAAACAUCUUGGAGCUAAGUGAGAAUUGACAACUCUUUGGAUAUUUUGAUACCCGUUUAGGCACCACUACAUGUUAUGAACACACCACUCCAGC